AUGAGUUUUAUACAGCAACAUGAAACAUACCAAUCAAUGAGUUUCUACGAAUCAAUCAACUCAGAACAAAACAAUUCCAUGGGUUAUCAAUUGCCGUACAGUACAUUACAAGUCAUCCAUUUAAAGGACAGUAGGAUUUACGCUUUGAUUUGUGUUUAUCAAAUGAUAUACAUACCUUGUAUCGUAUUAGGUUACGUUGGAUUCGAUUGCAUGUUCGUCAAUUUGUCCGUUCAAGUAAUUGCACAGUUCUCCAUAUUGUCUUAUAAGGUGAAGACAUUAUUAAAUGAUUCUAAAAAUUAUCAUGAGGGUAUGAAGAGACUUGUACUACGACAUUAUCGAUUAAUAAGAUGGGCGGAAAUAUUGGAAGAUAAUUUUAAUUUCCCGAUUAUGCAGCAACUGUUGGGUACCACCAUUCAUAUCUGCAUUUCCGGUUACUACGUACUGAUGGGUCCAGAAACGAAGGAUAUUUUAACAUCGAUAUUAUUCGUUCUUUAUAUGUUUUCCGUGACAAGUACACUUUUUAUUUAUUGCUUCAUCGGCGAAUGUUUCAUUCAGGAAAGUACCAAUUUUGGUAACGCCAUUUAUAAUUACGAAUGGUACAACUUGCCGGCAAUCGACGCGAAAUUUUUUCUCAUUUGUAUGAUAAGAACGAAAAAGCCACAAUUCUUAACAUCCGGCAAAUUUGCCAUCUUGUCCUUGACCGUCUUCACGGACGAACAAGGAAUUGCCAAUGUCAGAAGAUCAUUUAUUUGGAACUCAAGGUUAUUAAAAUGCAUGGGAAUUUGGCCAUUGCAGAAUUACGUUCCGGUAUUUCUCUUCUUCUUCACAUAUCUUUCUCUUCAUUGUUCGCUAACACUCGCAGAAUUGUUAUGGGCUCCAAAAACUAUGGACAAUGUCGUAGCAAACAUAGCAGAAAAUAUUAUCCUAACAAUGACACUUACGAAAAUAACAAUCGCCAGAAUGAACAGAGAAGCAUUGCGUGAAUUAUUCAUAGAACUCGAGGAAUAUUCACUGACUGAAAAAUAUGAAACUAAAGAGGAAAAACUGACAUUUGUGAAUUAUACUAAAUUACCUCCAUAUUUUAUUAUAAUAAUUGCAUGUUCAAUGACAUUGGCCGAAUCAAUGUAUUAUUUGAAUCGAGUUAUUGAAGGAAUUCAAUUCGAUAUAGUCUCGCACACGAAGACAUAUUCAUACACAAAUACACGAGCAUGCAAUAAUCGAUAA